AUGGAUUCAACCGGAUUGUCCGCUUCGGAGAAAAUUACCCUCUUCAGUGCGUGGGGCUUAAUUCGUAAGGAUUUGGAUGUGCAUGGACGAAAUAUGCUGCUUCUAUUGUUUCACAAGCAUCCACAUUAUGUUGCGUACUUUGAUUUUACCGACGACCCAUCGGCCCAAACGCUCGUGGACAAUAAAUCACUCUACAACCAAUCGAUCCACGUCAUUAAAGCGUUCGGUUCGCUCAUCGAGUAUGGGCUCAAGGAUCCGGCACUGUUUAACGAGACGCUGAAAAAAAUUACACGCAAUCACCAGCAGCGUAACGUGUACUCGAGCGACGUUCUAAUUAUUGGCGAAGUUUUUCUCGACUAUCUUGCACAGGUACUCGGACGUCAAGUGUCCGAUUCGUUGCCUGAUGCUUUUCGGAAGCUUUUCGCAACUAUUGCUAGCCGGUUCCCCAUACCUCCACCAACACCAACUCCACCACCAUCAACGUCAUCCGCCGAGAGUGAGCUGAACGAUCCAGAAAUACCGAAAACUGAAGAUUCACGAUAA